AGUUCACGUCAGAUGUGCCUCCUGCAAAUGAGAAUGUUUUCAUUGGUACUGGAAUGUGCUAUUAACAGACCAGGAUUAGGAUAUGGAAGACUAGUGCGCACGUGCAGUAUGUACAUGUACAUACGUGUACAUAUUUAACAAGUUGGAACUUGUGCAUCACGUCGGCCUGGAUGUUAUUCACUUCAAAUGAAUUUUUGUUGCCUAUAUGCUACAAAUGGUUUGUUCCUAACGAAACCUGCAACAAUUCCUGUCAAACUGGGCUCUUCGAACAAGUAAGAUUGUGCUGAUUACUGUGGCCAUAAUCUGCAAAGGGCAUUUGUAAAAAAUGACUGAGGAGACCGCUGGUGUUGGUACAACUCCUGGAAGUACCGUAAUCGGAACAGCUUCAAAUGAAUCGCAGAAUGUCUUCGAAAAGGAGCUUCCAUCCGAAGGUUGCUCUCCAGCGCCAUCCAAUUGCUCAUUCAUUAGCGAGCAGGAAAUUCCGGAAUCAAAUUUUCUCCACCGUCAAUCACCAUUUUUGCCGCUGAGUCAAGCUUCACCAAGUGCAUUCACGUCUUUUCCAUUGCGACCAGAUUUCUUGAACACUUCUGUGGCUGAUUCUGAAACGUCCUCACGCUCAUCUCUCGACGGGUCCUUUUUAUCGAAAGAUUCUACGGAAUGUACAGAGAAGUUCAGAGCGCGCCGAUCCGUGCGCAAAUUGUCGUCAUCCUCAAGUGACUCGGAUGGAAGCGAGCUGACUGUAGGUGGCGGCUCAAUAGAUGGAGACGAACCGAUUUUGAGAAAGCUGAGCAAGUCCAAGGUAAUAGACACAAAUUUGCCCGUUGCUCGCAGGUUGGAUGCUCCAAGAGGACGCAUCGCUAAUAUACGACGAGAAAGCGAUUGCUCGCUCAGUAAUGAGGUCGAACAUGAACGUCUCGUGAAAACGUCUCAACAAGUUUCAUGUGGAUUCGAUGAUAUCACUUUGGAGUCAUCCUCAUCUAUGAUGCGUCGACGUGCACCAUCGACAUCAUCGGUCGGCGAGCCGAUAUCGAUUGUGACAAACGUUUUUCUGCCGCAUAGUUGUUCUCCGAGUCCGACUAGAGUGACGGACAUGCAUAAGCAAUGCUACUCUCCAUCUACACACCAAAUGGUUCGACCGAAUAUUCCGUACUCGGCCACUCCAAGCCCUACCCAAAGCCCGACCAGACAGCGAUUACUUAGCUGUUCCAGAAGUUUGUCUCCGAUCACGACAAAGUCGCUAAAACGGCGCUAUACAGCCGGAGUGGAAGAGAUUGAGUCGAAAAGAAGCUGUGCUGGAGGAGGUGUGUCCGGUGUUUUUGUAAGAAAUUCCACUUCACCACUGGUCACCGACCGCACCUUCCCGUAUCCGCCCCUAAAUGCGUCACAACAGGAGUUCGCGCAGCCGAGCACACUAAAUGUUAAUUGGCAUUCAUCCGUUCAUGUGCGUCAAACAACAACACCGGAAAAUAUCCUCGAACGUCGUACUAGUAGCGAAUCGGUAACUGAAGAUCGGAAAAGUAGCAGCGAUGGGAUGGAUUCAUCAUCGGGAGGACAGACUGAAGAGAUGUCUUCGGAAGAGGAUGUGCAGCGGCAGAGUAGCGAUGCAACUGUCGAACAGAAAUCUUGCAGCACAUGCAGUGAGGAAUGCAUAAGAUUGACUGUUCAUACUAAGCGGUAA